AUGCUGAUAUCGGCCCCAUCACGCCGGAUCAGCGUGUUCCCCCUUGGCCUCAGCAUGUUCCCCCUUGGCCUCAGCGUGUUCCCCCUUGGCCUCAGCGUGUUCCCCCUUGGCCUCAGCGUGUUCCCCCUUGGCCUCAGCGUGUUCCCCCCACUUGGCCUCAGCGUGUUCCCCCUUGGCCUCAGCGUGUUCCCCCCACUUGGCCUCAGCGUGUUCCCCCUUGGCCUCAGCCGUGCUCAUCCGAGUGACGAAAGAGUCUCACUUCAGCAGGCGCACCAGACAGACACCCCUCCCUUCCACCACGCCGUGCACAUCCGCGUGACCAAGGAGGCCGAUUUCAUCAAGCGCACCAGGCACCCCCCCUCCACCACCGUUGUUCUGGAGCUUCAAACCCACCUGACUCUGAACCGAGGCCUACUGUUUGGUCCUGAGUAUGCGUGCACGGUGCUGCGAUCGAGCGCGGGGACCAAAGGGAGGGGGUAUCGGCUGUACUUGCAUCGGGUGGAUGAGCCGCUGCUGAGAUUGUGGAACACCAGCAAUGUGAUUGUGCAGCGCGUGCAGAUGUCACAGCCAUUCCGAGCCUACUCACAGGCAUGCCCCAAGGAGAUUCCCGAAGUGGGAACAGACAUCAUCUGCCCUCUCAUCCACGUCUACCGCUCCUACGGCGUUCAGAUCGUUAAAGGCUACACGUUUGGCCGGGUGGACAUAAUGCGGACCAUGCACAGCCGCAUUGACUCGAUGAGGAUGACAGGCGUGUCCGACUUCAAGAGGGGCAACGGAGUGAUCCGAGUGAUGCUGUCGGGGUAUGGGCCGCUGCUGGUGCGGGCUUACAUCUACAUCACCAACAAUGAGGUCUAUGGCGCGUACAUGCCAGUGCUGUUACAUGUGGGCGCGGUGGGCGUGGUCGUGAGGAACAACUACGUGCAUGACUUCGUGUUUGCUGGAAUCACGUGCGGCAACAUGGUGCACUCACAGGGCAGCUGCAUGCCCAGCACCAUUGCAAACAACCUGAUUGUAGCAGCAGGGCAAAACUUCUUCAACCCCCUCACUCCCCCUCGUCCCCACUUGCCCCUUUCCCCUCGUUCGUCCCCCCAACUUUCCAGGGAGACUGCAUGCUCAGCACCAUAUCUACGACCUUGGAGACUGCAUGCUCAGCACCAUCUCCAACAACCUUGUUGUGACAAGGGCCGGAACCUCUUCAACCGCCUCAUUCCCCCUCCUCACUUGUCCGGCCCCUUUCCCUCUUUCGUUCCCCCCACUUCCCAGGGCGACUGCAUGCUGAGCACCAUCUCCAACAACCUCGUUGUGGCAGCAGGCCGGAACCUCACAGGGGGUUGGGACGCCACAGGGAUAUACUUCGUAACGCACUGGAUUAACCCGGGUAAUUUGGCGGAGUGCAACUACAUAAUCGGGGGUGACCACUGCUACUACCUGGACUAUGCCAGCUCGGGUGUGACUAUACGCGGAGGGGCUUGUAUCGGGACGGUGGAUGGCAUGAAGGUCAACAACGGGAAAUGGAACCGCAUAGAGCAUGUGGUGAUGAAGGGCACGGAGGGCACACCGGGGUGGAACCGCAUAGAGCAUGUGGUGAUGAAGGGCACGGAAGGCACGCCGGGGUGGUGCGCGUGCAUCACUGCCACCAUCUGCAACUGCCUCAAGGACCCGGGCAACUACUGGGACCGUAUGCGAGCCAAGUACUAUGGCACGGCUGUGUUUCAGCAGGACCCGGGCAACUACUGGGAUCGCAUGCGAUCCAAGUACUACAGCAGCGCCGUGUUUCAGCAGGUGGGUCUUGUACCCCUUAUAAGCCAACUCAUAAGAUCUUCUAGAGCAGUGUGCUUCUUCCUCAAGGACCCGGCCAACUACUGGGACCGCAUGUGA